AUGAAGUUCACUGCUCUCCUGUUUCCUGUCGCUGUGCUGGGCGCUGCUUGCCCAUAUGGCCCCGGAUCCUUCGAGCCAGAGAAAGAAACUGAUACUCGUGGUGUCUGUCCUAUGCUUAACGCCCUCGCAAACCACGGCUUCUUACCUCGUAACGGCAGAAACAUCAACGAGAAUCAGACAGUUAAUGCUCUAAACACGGCUUUGAACUUGACGCCUGACUUUGGCCAAUUUCUCUUCACCGCUGCUCGUCUCUCGAACCCGAAGCCCAACUCAACGUGGUUUAACUUAGACCAUCUCGACCGCCACAACUUGUUUGAGCACGAUGGAAGUCUAAGCCGACAAGAUGCCCAUUUCGGUCAGUGGAGUAGGUUUAACGAAACCGUCUGGAACUGGACCAUGGACUACUGGACCGGCGACGUAUUGGACGUCCAAAUUAUUGCUAACGGGCGUGCUCAACGCUCGAUGCGCUCAAACCUGACGAACCCAGAGUUUGCGAUGUCUGAGCUGGGCAACGCAUUCAGCUAUGGCGAAAAUGCUGCCAUCCUUUCUAUCCUCGGUGACAAAGUUACAGAAACUUGCCCCAAGAUAUUCGCCGACUACCUGUUCAGAAACGAGCGACUCCCUUAUGCUGUCGGUUGGCAAAAAUCGAAGAUUCCCAUCGAGAUGGAUGACCUCAGGAACACCAUCCAUUCACUUCGCAAUGCAACUGCAUUCCCUCCUCGACCUCCCCCAGACAACAGCAUGGAUGUCUUCAACUAG